AUUAGUAUAUAACAUUUUGGGCGUAUAUGAGGAAACAUUAUAUCAUAGCUUCUACAAGAGGUACGACCCUUAAAGAUUUAGGAAAUAAUAAUUAUUUUAUAAAGAAUAAAAUAUCAAUCUUAUGGAAUAGAUAUAAAGCAACGCGUCUCUCACAAAGGUUUUCCGUUACAUAACAAUUUGCUAUGGCAUCUGGUUCUAACGCAUCGCCGACUUGGCCUAGGCCACCUCCAGCAGACUAUGUAUUCAAUAAUCUUCUCGCCGACCUCUCAAUAGUAAUUAAAAGAGAGGAACUGGAUGAUCUCAAACAACGAUUUAAACAUGUGCAAGAUGUUCAAGAUGUAGACACUCUAAGAGGGUUGUUUGAUUGUCUAAGAGACGAGGGAUUUAUUGAUCAAUACAACAUAUUAUAUAUCCAGCAAAUCGUUCGUGUUCUGGGAAAAGAAGCUCUUGUCAGAAAAUUGAAAAGACAUGUGGACGUGUUGGGCGAGGAUAAAGUUCUUCAUUUUAUUAAAAACAAGAAAACUGCAAACGGCUACAGUCAGAUCGAGUUUCAUAUCAAAGGUCACGGAAUUUCAGAUCCGAAACAAGUUGAAACAUAUCGUAGUGUCGUAGCAAGUAUACUGGUCUGCCCAGUCGAUGAAGUCAUUAUCAAUGGCAUACAAGCAACGAACAGCACCGUCUUAACAAUCAUGAUUCCGACAAUGUAUGCAACGUUCCUUGUAAAACAAUUGGAAAAACACAGUCAGCGCAUCAUUAGCUCAUUCAUUGCAAUAAACGUGGACACAAUCAACGUCAAUAACAAUAAAAUUGAGCUUCAGAUCGAAGGAAAUAUCUAUAAAGCCAAGAAAGAAAGUCGUGAACAUGAACCAAUGCACCUUGCUACGAAAAUAAGUAUUACACUUAGGCGAAAUGCGAACAAGCAACAAACAACAAAUGCGCAAACACCGUAUAAAAAUGAAAGAAAGAGGUCUUUUCAAAAUACUGAAAUCGUUACAAGAAGUCAUGCAAAACAUGUAUACCCACCCAGAAAGAUUAUGAGGAAACACCUAACAGUUUGCUAGACAUGUUCGAAACAUUUUUUUCUAUUGAAGUUAUUUGGAAAGUAAAACUCUCACACACAUGUUUAUGAUAACUAUUUUUACGACAGAGCAAAAUGACAGUUUUGCAUUUUAUUAUUUAAGUAUUGUGCAGAAAAUACAUGAAUGUAUAUGACUAUUAAUUGUACUAAAACUAUGUGUGAAUAACAUUGACGUAUUGUUGUGAAAUGUUUAUUUGGAAGGAAGAAAAUACAUAAUAUUAUCAUCUGCACUUUCCUCUUCUCCUACACAACCUACACCACUUGACACGUAUUUUGCAAUGUGAUUAAACUUAUUUUGUUUUCAUUUAACGAAUUCUUUUAUCUCAUUUUACUGUGUCUUUGACCUACGUAUGUUUUGGCUGUCACUUUUUAAAAAGCAACUGUUUAUUUGUAUUGUGUAUAUGACAUGUGUUUGGUAAAAAUAACCAUUUUUAACUUUAUACAACAACAAACUGAUUUCUUGAUUUUGCCAGAUAUCUGACACUCGUAAAUUAUUUAACAUUGUUUUUAUUUGAAAUGCCCAAUUAGAUACGUUGUAUGUAUUAUUUCUAUCUAAAUCACUUACUAUCAUGUUUCAUAUUUAAUUUAGCAGUAUUUCCUUUCAAUUUUUGUAAUCUACACCAAUACCUAAUCAUAAUAACCUUUCGUACUAUUGUCAUUGGGAAUCUACUUGGUUAACCAUAAAGUCCGAUUAGUUUUGUUGAAUUAUUUGAGACAAAUAUUGUUCGACAAAAUUUAAUGUGAAUCAGUUCAAGAUC